AUGCUAGUUUACUUAGCGGUCAUCUUUGAUCCGCGAUGUAAAAUGAGUUUUUUGGACUUUGGGGUCAACUUGCUUUUUUCUAAUGUUGCUAAUGACAUUAUGAAAAUGAUCGUUAAAGAUUUGCAUUGCUUGUUCAAUGAGUAUUCUUCUAAUGCCGGAAGAAUUGAAUUGUUUGAAGGUAGAUCUAGUUCUUCGAAAAAUCAUUGCAAUUCAAUGGAAAUAGAUCAGUCAGAAAUGAAAACGGGCUUGGCCAAGCAAAGAUACCUUAAGAAGAAGAAACAAGUUGGAUUAGAAAGCAAAUCUGAGUUGUAUAGAUAUUUGGGUGAGGAUGAAGAAGUAAAUGAUUCAAGUUCAUUUGAUUUACUAUUGUGGUGGAAAAUGAAUAGUCCUAGAUUUCCUAUUCUUGCACAAGUGGCUCGAGAUAUUCUUGCUAUUCCUAUCUCAACAGUUGCCUCGGAAAAUGCAUUUAGCACGGGUGGACGUGUUCUCGAUAGUUUUAGAAGUUCUCUAACUCCUGUCAUGGUCGAAGCUUUGGUUUGCACACAAGAUUGGCUUCGGAAAUUUAAUGGUGUCAUCAAUCUUGAAGAUUAUUUUGAUGAACUUCAAACAAGGGAAGAUUACUUAUCCAAAAUACCCGAAGAUCAAGAAGAUGUUUCAAGGUUAUCAACGGUGUUUGAAGCACAAGAAAAAGCUUAAACGUUUAUAUAAUAGUUCUUGAACUGAUGUGUUAUUGUUAUUAGUUCGGUUUGGUUUGUUAUUGGUUAAUUGGACUUUUGUUGUGUUCUUUUGGUGUAGGUUUCUAUAGUAUUUUGGACUUUUGCUUAUGUUUUUUUUAUUAUAAUGUUGUUGUUUAUUUCGACUCAUGCUAUU